CUCGCACAAACACACACCCAGUCACAUUGUCCUGCUAUUUAGCUUGCUUACUUUCUCUCUCAUCGAAUUUCUCAUACCCACCCCAUCUUUCUCUCUCCCCUCCCUCAAGCUCCAGCUUUUUUCUCUCUUUAUUUCCUCUGGUGUACCUCUCUCCCUGUGCCCACCUCUUCAGGAGAACAUCUAAACCACACCCACCUGUGCAUAAAAGCCAAGUGCAUACUGCCUACCAUCAUUCAGAGCUCUUUUCUGCAGUAAUUGCACUACUUACGCAGGUCAUGGACUCAUCCCUUCUUUCCACUGGUCUUCUGAUACAGCUUGCUGCACUGUGCUCUGUCCAUGGAGGAGUAUAUUAUGGCCAUAAACAGCUGCCCCAGCAGCACCGGCCUCUGCCUCAGUUACCACGCUUACCCCUGGGGAAGGAAGUACUGACUCCACCACAGUACCAGGGCAAGGAGAUACCACGUGUAAGAUAUCUAAAAGAGGUUGCCAUACUCCCACAGUACAGGAAGGAACUGCCACGUGUCCCGUCACAUAUGACAAAAGAGAUCCAACGAAAAGGUGGCAAAGGUGAAACUAUUCCCAAAGGAGAGAAGGGUGUCCCUGGAGACAUUGGCCCCAUGGGGCCACCAGGACCCCCAGGUCCUCCAGGAGUUCCUGGCCAUGGUUCAUCAGGGCCCCCUGGGAAGCCAGGUCCCCCAGGACCCCCAGGUAAUACAGGCAUCAGCAAACCAGGAAUUCCAGGAAGGCCAGGUAAACUAGGAGAAACGGGAUUUCCAGGACCGAAGGGUGAGUCAGGUCCUCCAGGCAGAAAGGGGCCUGUUGGAUUGCCAGGGCCUCAAGGUCUUCCAGGCCCUCCAGGAUUGCCUGGUUUGGGAAAACUGGGGACUCAGGGGCUUCCAGGGCAAACAGGGCCACGGGGUGAGGCUGGGUACAAAGGCCCUCCAGGACUACCUGGACUGCCUGGGCCCAAAGGUGAUAAAGGAAUUGGUGUACCAGGAUUACCAGGAUUCAAAGGACCUGGUGGACUUCCAGGGUCACCGGGUCACGCUGGAAUUCCAGGUGUGGGAAAGCCAGGUCUAAAUGGACUCCCUGGAGUACCAGGGGUUCCAGGAGAACCAGGUCCCCCAGGAGAGCUAGGGCUGACAGGACCACCAGGAGAGAGAGGACUGCCUGGUCCACCAGGAUUACCUGGUAUUGGCAAGACAGGUAAAGAUGGUUUUCCUGGAAAGCCAGGAUUUCCUGGUGGAAGAGGAGCACCAGGCCCACCAGGUCUACCUGGUGGACCUGGCUUGCCUGGAUUCGGUAAACCAGGAUUUUCAGGGCCCAAAGGGGAUAAAGGGAUGGACGGUUUGCCUGGGGUUCCUGGCCCUAAAGGUGACAAAGGACAUGGAGGACUUUCGGGCAUGAUUGGCCCUCCAGGACCCUUCGGUCCUCCAGGCCUACCAGGGCCAAUGGGACCACGUGGAGGUCUUGGAUUUCCAGGUCCCAGAGGAGAAGCAGGUGCUGGAGGGCCACGAGGGCCAGGAGGCCCUAGGGGUGUACAGGGGCCUCCAGGGCUACCAGGUCAGCCUGGAAUAUCUGGAGAAGGAGGCCAGCCAGGACCACGUGGUCAACCAGGUCCAACAGGCUCAAAGGGGGAAAAUGGACUGAAAGGAUUACCUGGACUUCCUGGGGCACCUGGGUUACCUGGUGCAAAAGGUGAAGGAGGACUGCCAGGUGAACAAGGUUCUCAGGGUCCGAAGGGAAUACCAGGAAUUAUGGGUCCUGGUGGACCAAUUGGACCACCAGGGUUUCCAGGACCAAAAGGGGAAAUUGGACUACAAGGUCAGCCUGGCCUCCCUGGUUUAGGAAUACCAGGGAUCCAAGGUCCCCUAGGACCUCCAGGAAGACCUGGCCCCAGAGGGCCAGCUGGGCAGCCUGGGCAACCAGGACAGCCUGGUCCUCCUGGUCCCCCAGGACCUCCUACUCAGCCACCUGGCAUUGGAGAGGUUCUGCCUGAGAUGGGCCCAGGUCUGGAUGGUGUCAAGACCUCACCAGAUGGUUACAAGAAAAAACAUGGACGGAAAAAUGUGGGUGCUAAUGGAUUAGCGAUACCUGCAUUCGCAGCUCAGCUGACAACUCCUUUCCCUGCAGUGGGGACACCAGUGGUAUUUCACAAGAUCUUACAUAAUGGUGGUCAAAACUACAAUGCCCAAACUGGAAUCUUCACUUGUUACAUUCCAGGGAUUUACUAUUUUGCAUACCAUGUCCACUGCAAAGGAGCAAAUGUGUGGGUGGCACUGUAUAGGAACAAUGAGCCUGUGAUGUAUACAUAUGAUGAAUGCAAAAAGGGCUUCUUGGAUCAAGCUUCAGGCAGUGCAGUGCUGUCCCUAAAGCCUGGGGACAUUGUGUACAUUAAACUCCCAUCAGACCAGGCAGCAGGACUUUAUGCUGGCCAACAUGUCCAUUCAUCUUUCUCUGGAUAUUUGUUAUACCCAGUGUAAAAAAAUUUAACAACAAAAAACCACACAGCUAUUGACUAUUGAUUUUUUUGUGACAAGUGCACAAGCUGUACCAGCUCUUAGUAUAUCCAGUAGGUAUGCAAGUGUAAAGGUACAUACACGAUAUUCAGCCUUUUACUUCUGUGUUGCAGUCUACAAGACUACAACCAGUUCUUCGUUUCAUAAACCAUCAAUACAUAUCUGUUUUUUUAACUUGGUUUCAAAAAAUGAGACCAUCCUACAUAAUAAACUAUACUAAGUGCAUUGGAGACAUCAGAAAAUUAAACUUCUGUGGAUAAACAUACAUACAGAAACAUUUAAGAGGUUUACAUGAAUUUGGAGGUGUGUUACAGGUUCAUUAAUCCUUUCCUGUCAAACUUUUGUGUUUGAACAUGUUCUUGGACUGGCAGCUACCUCUCAAGAAUGUUUAGUAAAAUGUGACUUAAAAAUCUUCAAUACAAACUAAUCACACAAAUAUUCUAAAACCCUUUCAGAUGAUGAUGAUGAUGAUGAUGAUGAUGAUG